AUGAUAAAGGUCCCAGACGCCGCCGCGGUCCAUCCGGAUGCCCCGUCCCCCGCCAAGGGGGGCUGCGAGAGGCCCUGGGGGCCCCCGCCCAAGCACAGGGGGUGGCCCCCACACCACGCCAAAACCGGGGCACCGGGGCCCAGGGGGGAAUCACUCUCACCGUCCGGAGGGGACCAGAGGGACCGAGGCAGGUCUUUCUGCGACAGCCUCUACCGGGGGUGCGGCUCCAGAGGCGGCUCGAGAGGCAGGUCUUUCAGCGACAGCUUCCCACGGGGGUGCGGCUCCAGAGGCGGCUCGAGAGGCAGGUCUUUCAGCGACAGCUUCCCACGGGGGUGCGGCUCCAGAGGCGGCUCGAGAGGCAGGUCUUCCAGCGACAGCCUCUACCGGGGGUGCGGCAAGGGAGCUUGGGCCGGCGUGCUCGGCUCCCGGCGUCCGGACACGGGGGCGCCCUCCGGGGUCUCGCAGCAAACCUGUCCAAAGGAGAGAACCACGCUCUCCACUUGGAGCUGGUUUGGUGCUGAGAAGUUCUGCAGCGUGGAGGAGAUUGGCUCUGGGGAAGCUUUCGAUUUGAACGAGAGAGAGGGAAAGAUUCCACGGCUCGAACCAGGGCAAGGUCUGCAUGUAACGCUAGCGGAGGGCCAGCCGGGGAGCGGUCCGCUAGGUCCGAGCGUGGCUCCAGCUGCGACGGCCUGGGCGGGCUUUUUGUGGGCUCCUGUGUCGACAUGUGAGCGGGUGGCUCUCCUUCUCACUGGUGUUCUAGUCUCGUCCUCAUCUUCUCUGACGGUGGUUCCUCGACCAGGGCCCAUGAAGACGACAGGAUUUUGUGUGUUCCUGGUCUGGCUGCGGGUUCUGGGGACCCGUCUGGCCACGGGUUAG